GUAGGUUUAUCUAUAAAAUGUCUACUCAGAACUAGCUGUUAUUCACUGUUCACUCUGCAGCUGCACGUGUUACCUAAACGUUAUCACGCUUCAGCUAUCAAUAUUUGAUUCGGCUGCUUCAGAGCAUCAUUGGAGGUCUAAGCUAUACGGUCGAACCUCUGACUAUUCGACCUCAACCCCCUCACCGACCAGCCAGCAAGACAGUACGGAGGUACGAACGCCAGAGUCCACCGCUGAUUCAAUGAAGGAGCCCAGUGAACACAGCGACAAAGAACAUCAAGAUAAGGAGAUGGCAGAGACGCCAGAUCAGCCAGAUCAGACGGUCAAGGUCGAACCGACUGAACAGAUGGAUUGCGGCAGUACAAUGGUUUCUGUAGUGGUGCAUAAUAAUGGUAAUAGCCUGAACCAUACGAGGUACAAUCCUGAGAUAGAGCUGUCCACGGAUACUGAGGAUAGUGCGUCAGAAAGUUCGGAGAGGGUAUCAGUACUGAGCAAAGUCGAUGAGUUACUGAAAUCCGUAGACUGUACGAUUCGACAACGAGUCCUCGGCUGCAUAAGACACGUCACACAAGAAGUCAGCCACCUGCAGCACGAAACCCGAACAAAAGACAUGCAGAUAUCAGAGCUAGAAAAGCAGAUCAAGGAGCUGAAAUCCCAAAUGGCAAACGGUACGUCUGAAUCAACUGUUGAGAAUUCGUGUGCGACGGAAGAGGGCAAGUCCAGCGACGACAACGUAGAGAAAAGGGAGAAUGGUUCAAGUGUGAUAGCUGCCGUAGAAGAUCAGAAAGAAUGUGUUAUAAGGAAGGCGGCUCAAUGAUCGGUAAUUGUUACUGCUAAAGGGUGCACGUUUUAAAAUAUAGAGAGGUCGGGGUGUGGUUGUGUUAGAGCGAUGAGCGACAUAUAGAGGUCAAAUGAGUUAGAUUUUUUUUAUAAACAACCUUGCUUUUAUCAAUUUUUAAAAAUGGUUUCUUUUUCUUAAGGUCAACGUCUAGGUCGCGCCACUAAUAAAGUUAUCAAAUCUCCCAAGCAUGCAAGUUGGCUGUCAAUUUACUAAUACCAUCAAAUAUACAAAACGAGAUCGAAAGUUAAUAGCAGUACUUCAAAACAACGUUUUGUUUUAGUAACACGUCUAAGUUGCUUGAGUGGAAAUUUUGGCACUUUCCGUGACAGUUAAUUGCAAAAUAGGUGAAUUCGCAAAUAAAACCAUGACUCGAGCCUUCCUCGGAUAUUAAUUAGCAAGUGUACAAAUAGUUACGACUCUCCGUAUUGUUAUUGGGAACUAAAAGAUCAUCACAGGUUGUAGAUUUUUCCGAUUUUUAAGCCUGUAGGUAAUUUGAAAGGUACACUACUUAGAUUUUUUAUAUUUCUCUGAUAACUAUUAUAACUUGGCCUAUCCCUCGAUUCGGCGUGACAUCGUCUUCUAGGACACCCUGCAUAAAAGAGGAGUGAUCAUAUCAUCGUAGAUUUCUAAGCUAUUUGACCUAUGAACAUGAACUUUGAUAAGGAGGUAGUUUAUGGACAGGGCGUUCCAGUUAAGAACGGUUUUUACAACAGGGCCCGAUUCACGGAGCUAAUGGCAAAUAUAUAUAAACGCGAAAAUAUACUCAUUUAUCACGAAAUCUGGGAAACUAUUUGAAUUUGGGUAGGGAGGGGCUUAUUUACGGGACAUUUUAGCUAAGAACGGAUUUUAUGCCAGGGCUGGAUAAAGGGAUUAAGUUAGUUCGAAAUUGCUUGGACUUUUCUAAUAUCUAAAAAAUGGCACCAUGAAAGUCUGUUUAGAGAAGACUUAAACUAAGAAGGGAACAGAAAUUGAAGACUCAUUAUAAUUAUGUAUUCAUUUCUUCCAACUUGCAAUGCGGAACGAUAUCCUUAUAUUUACAUAUCGCUUUUCAGAACUUGAGACCUUGUUCUAUAGUAGAUAAUCUAAACAACGUUCAAAAUUAUUUGAAAUCCUUAAAUCACCAUUUCAAUAAUUCUCCCACUCGAAUCACAUUUUUAAUUUUGUAUCUCCAGUUUUAUUUGAAGCGAAAUUCGGAAAAACUGACAACAGGCUCAACAUGCUAACAUGAACACACCUUUGAUUUGAACGAGUGAUCGCUGAAAAACGACAAUAUACGCUUUUUGGAUUUCUAUUGGAUGUAUAGAUUGCUUAACUUGUUGAAUUUCAUGGUUACUUUUUGGCGGAAUUUUUCAACUAGAUGUAAUUCUUUCAAGCAAUAAAUUGCUCGAUUCUCAUUUUUCUAAUGUCUAUAGCAUAAUGAACAUUUUAUUGUCAAGUUCCAAAAGUCGGAGAUCGUGAAAAAUACACAGAUCCUCAAAAAAUAGAAAAUGGUAUGUGUUAACCGCCCCUCUCUAUUUUAGCUAUGCACUGUUUUCUCACUGAAUACGAAUUAUGUCAGAAUUGGGGGAUGAUGUACAAAUUUUAGACAAAACCUAUAAAAUUACACAGGACAACAAAAAAAAGUAAAAUUGGUAUGUGCUGGGCGUCUUACUAUAUUUUUUCCAUGAGCUUUUUCUCUCUGAACAUGCAUUUGAAGUCAAAUUUGGGGGUGCAUGGAUAAAUAUGAAAGUAUCUUUGAAAUGUUGGUAGAAGCGGAUAUCUGGUAAACAAUGCACAUACACUACUUGUAUUUUAUACUGAAGCAAUCGCGUAAGAAUGUUCGAUGUUACAAAGAGAAACAUACAAAAAUGGAAAAAAUCAAAGCGAAAUCCAUCACACAGAUCAUUCGCGGACAAACAUAAGUGGAAACGACGAACAAUAAUUAUAAUAUAAAAAAAUUAUUAGAUUAACACUUUUUUAUUGUCCGUCGGCCCCAAAUUUUCAUUUCAGAUUUGUGUUCGGCAAGAAAAAUUGCAUGUGAAACGUAUAGUGGAACACCCAGUACAUACCACCUUUUUAUUUUUUGAUGACCUGUGAUACUCUUCAAGAGAUACAGAUUGGUUUGGAAGGUAGGUUUGUCACCCCACUUGAUUCAGAGUAUAGAGAAUUGAAGAUUUCGUAAAUUGUUACUAUUGAAAGAUGUAUUUUAUGACAAUAAACAAUAUACUAUAGACAUUGCAGAACAUUUCAGAUGCUUCAAAAAUGAGAACAUAAUGCACAUUGUGAACUAUUUUUCUAAUCUACAUGCGAACCUGUUUGAUGAAUAUUGUAUCCACAUUUGAUGAAGUACUUUGAUCCGUUUUUAUAUAAACGGUAAUCUUUUUGUAAAAAUUUUGAGAAUGUAAAUUGUAGAAUUGAUUUUUAUUGGACAGAAUCGGUAAUACUCCACUCAAUGAGUGCAUACGAACGUAUAUGUAAAUAUUUUUAUAACCACGUAUUGGUGAUACCUGCUUAAAAAACAACUUUGAAAUUUGUUUGGGAUAUUAAACUAGUCGUCAAAUGAUAGUAACGUUUUUGUCAAAUUACUGUCAAGUAUAAGAACAUGCAAAUGUUCCCUGUUACAUUCAAAUCGUUUCCAAAACCGAGGGCAAAAAUUCAAGUGUUGAUAGUUUGGACUAUACUAGGACAUCUCAGGAGAAACCUAGUUAAUUUGGUAGAGUAAAAGCUUCGGUUGUAAUUUUUGUACCUAGUCAUUUCGAACGGUUUUGAUUGAUGAAGAAAUUCACAUGCGGAUUAUGGUAAGAAAUAGAUAUUAAGCAGCCUGAAUUUUUGCCCAUUAUCGAGAAACAUCCUGUUUAAUAUAAAUAGUAUGUCACCUUAUCUUGCAGGCAUUUUAUAAACGUCAAUAUGUAAUUUUCCCCAAGUUUUGAUGACUAGUUUAUCAAGACUUAUAGCUGUUAGUACAUUGUGAUAUACAUACCUUACACAUUGUUUUUAUACACGAUUACCUGCCAGAAGACGUUCAUUUUGUAGAACGUUGUCAAUUAUACAGGACAGAAAGACGAUUGCUUCAAAAAUUGCUGAUAAGAACCUAUUUCAAGUAAUAUCGAACUCACAUUUUAGUAAUAUCAAGAAUUUUUGUUUGCGUAAAACUAUAUAGCAAUAAUACACAUAUUCAGCAAUCUCUUUACAAACUUUUACAUUUUUAUGAAAACUUCUUAUACGCAAUAGAAGUUGAAGUUAUCAAGGUUUGAUAUGCUCCUAAUAUCGCCUCAGUUUUUCAUUGUUCAAAUUGAUAAGAUAAUUUGAGCCUUUCUUGGGGAAUUUUUGAAAAAAAGUGUUUAUUGUAACAUCUGAAACUCAUGUGAUUGUCUGGCUGAUGAAUCUCAAUAUUUCAGUGGCCGCCAGGUGAGGACUUGAAAUAUUGACUAACGUUUCGGUCACUAUGGUGAUCUUUCUCAGUAACAAUGACAAUAUGGGAGACUAGCGAGCAAAAACAAGCCAACUGAUGGUUAAGGCCCAGAUGGCCGAACGUCAGUAAAUUUUUCAAUCCUGCAUCUGUGGUUUGGCGGCCAGUGAAACGAGGAGAUUUGUUCCUCCAACCUCUCAUUCAUGAUGCCACCACUUUCUAGGUGUGCUAAACCAACUCUGCAAACUUAUGCUUCACAUUCCAACUUUGUCAUUUUCUGUAUGUGUAUACACGCAGCUUGAUUAUGCAAAAACCUUUCCUUGCCAAACCGAAACAUCAUUUCUGUCCCUGAUCGUAAAUAUUCCAAGGUGAUAUAAAGGAGCUCGAAAAUCUCCAUUUUUGUCCUGUGUUGUCUCCAGGACUGGCUUGUAAUUUUUUCUUCUUUUAUUGUUUCGGUAGUCCGACUUUGAAAUUGGAGGGAAUUAUGUACAUUUUUUGUAUCAUAUGAAAAGGAAUGAAUAAACAGAUGGACGUAUUCUAUAUUAUACAAAGUAGCCUUAGUCGUGCUAUAUUUUAAUGGGCGCUUGUGUACAUUUUGCAAAAUCUUGUCUACAGGUUGUUUCAAUAGUAAGAUAACAUACUUAAGUUGGCGAUUAUUGGGUUCAUUUUAAGAAAAAACCUAAUUGUGAACGUAUGUCCACUCAUCUUAAAUUUUGGGAUAUUAGGAAAUUGAUUUUAAGGGAACCAUGGCACGCCACUGCUUUUUCUAGUAACAAACAUUUUUAUAAUAUCACUAUAAUUCGCUAGAAAUAAAGUCAAGGCGUAUUUGCUCAGAAGUCAAUAAUAUAUAUUAUUCAUAUUUUUUGUUACGUGAAAAUUCAGUGACGGUUAAAUUAUUCAGCUCCAAUCCCGCACAAACCCCACUGGAAAAUAUAAAAUAAAUGAAAUUGUUGUAGAUCAUAAAAAGAUUUUUUUUAAAGCUUCACCACCCUGUUUCUCAAAAGUCAAGACGUACAGGGCACACGUUCAUAGUUUUUUUGUUUAAAGCGGACCCAAUAAUCAAAAAUAUUUUAAAUUACCGUUGGAGCACUCUGUAUUUGUAUGAUAUAUGGACAAAUUGAUGCGGAUUCAAAAAGAGUGUAGUUUGUUAGAUUUCUUCUCAGAAUCGUUCUUGUUAUGAUUGUUUUAAUUUAUCAUUAUUAAAUAUUGUUACUCGGUAAUAUUUUUUAUGAAUUUAAAAGUACAAAAUGUGGUGCAAAGCACUGUUAUAUAUAAAUAUUUUAAGUAUGUAUUAUAUAUUCUCGUAUAUAAGAUAGUAACCAUUUUCUUUUGAACCUGAUCGUUUUGUUAUAGUCCAAUCAUUUGAGAGUCUUUUCUGGAAAGUUUUCCGCGAAUUUUGUAAAUUAGUACCUUUAUAUGUUUGAGGAAAUGUUCACUUUGCAGGCUCAUAUCUUCAUCGCUUGUAUCGCCAUCUUAAUAAAAUGGUGUUUUGCAUAUACGCAUUGUUAUAAAGUAUCUAGCCAAACUUCAAGGGUGAUCUAAGAUACACAAAACAAUGCUAAAUAUAUAAAUUUUAAUUGUAGGAGCCUGUUUGACUGACUUGAUUCGUAGCUAACUUUUUCCUCAGAAAGGCUAACUUGUGCUGAACAUAAACCUUUACGAACUGAACGAAACAUUUUUUUCCUUAAGACAAUUUUGUUAAAAUUUGAUAGCACUAUAUAUAAGAGUCAUUUCGCAACAUGGUAAAAGAAGCAUCACUUUACAAGGUAGCAAAGCAAAACUUUGAAAAAACUAGAAAUACUGAUUUUAAAAACUAACGAAGAACAUUCCAAGCAACCUUUCUGACGGCCAAAUGUCUGGACUAUUUGGUUUCUUAUUCAAGGAUGUGAUUGAACAUAGGAUAUAGCUUUUUCUUUUUGUACAGUCCGUGAUUGCAUUUUUAACGGUGACCAAAUGAUAUGAAAUUUGAACUCAGGUAUUAAGAAACACAAUCAAAUAUUUUGUAUAUAGCAUUAAAAAAUGGAAAAUUAAUGAAAAAAUCAUGCGCUCUCCGUAUAUGACGCAUAUCACAGUUUCUUAUAAACAGUUGUGUUAAAAAUGCAAUAGUGUUAAAUGUAAAGGCCCAUUCUCCCAGUCUGAUGUAGUGAGUAUAUUGAUGAUUUUUAUAAGACAAACAGUUUAAUAUAUUAUCCAUAUUUGUAUUCAAACUGUAGAAAGACUUUAUGAUUUAUCAGAACUUUGACAUAUGGAACAACCUCAAACUUCCUCCAUUGACAUCGGAUACGUUUGACCUUGACCUUAGGUCUAACUGACUGAAGGCAAGGUCAAACAUGUUGAUAUAACUUGACAUCUUCUAACUUUUUUACCUGUCCACAGAAAAAAAUAUUUUAUACAAUAGUUGUAUGGUCUAAUAUAAAGUUUUUCAAUAUGUAUUUUAUAUACAGGGUGACUCAGAAAAGUGCUACCGAAUAAAGUUGUGUUUUUUCAAAUGGAACAGAUUGAUAGUCGCUUUUUUUCUGAUUCCAAAUAUAUAUGAUUUGUUAUAGAGUUUUACUAGUUUGGUCAAAAACUUUAAAUUUCGUGUGUCAUUUAUUCAUGUAUAUCCGGGUACAAGCUAAUUUGGAUCUAGCUACAAUAUGCAAUCUGGCAUUUAAGUUUUUGACUGAACUAACGAAAAGAAGUAUAUAAACCAUAUUUAUUUGGAAUCGGAAAAAAACGAUCAUUUCCACUAAAAAUAUACAGGGUGUUCCAUUCGAGAAGUACCACUCUAUUCGAUAGCCCUUUUUUGGACAUUAUGUACACAAAAAAGGUAUUGCCAGAAAAGCCUUAUAUUAGACUACAACUACAACUUUUUUCAUGCAAAAAAGUUAAGAGGUUGUCAAUUUAUCCCAGGGACAAUUUCAUGAGGCGUAGGUCAAAUUGAAAUACGUUCAAGAUCAAUUCAACGUUGUCCUAAAAGUUCUACACAACAUAAAAGUCCAACUACUUCAAUUUAUCGUUUUCAGCUUGCUAAUUUUUAUUUCUGUGUGAUACUUUUUCGGAAUUUCAGUUUUGGAUGGAAUAUUUUCUACAUGUCCAUCAAUUGGAAUUUUUGUGAUAAGAUUGUCGAACCGUUUUAUACUCAAAGGAAAUACAUUUUUGUGUGCUAUUGGAAAACACGUGAGAAGCACUGUUAAUAUACUGUGGACAGAUUGAUUUUAGCUUUUAAGCCUUCGAGCAUAUAUAAAAAUAUUCCAACAAUACACCAUUCCGAGAACUUGGUAUAAAGUAAUUCGCGAUCUCUGGAAAUACGAAUUUAAAUGUAAAACAGAGGAGGUGGCUCGUGCACCGCCGUUUACAACAUCAUGGAACGGUAAAUCGACGCGUACUGUUUUAGGUGUUCGCCCUCGUGCAGUUUUGUACUACGUUAAAGAAUAAUCAACUCCGAAAACAUUCAAAAGUUUAUGUUUUACGCUCUCAAAUUUUCCACUUUCAGUUGUUCCUGCACCCGAAAACAUUUAAGGUGUUUAUCACUGACAUAAUAGCAGCUUGAUGUCAAAAUUGUGUUAUAACCCGAGCAGGUAAUAUUGAACUAGGAAUGGAGAACCUCGUAGUAUUUUCGCUGAAAUAAUAUUUAGACCCGACUCAAAACAGUCAGCCCUGAAAACACAGCCAGAGACGGUGUCGCAUCGGUAGCUGGGAAAUUAUUGGUGCUCUAUGUGCUGUCGCAGUAAAACCCUAGAAAAUUUCGUUUUUAUCUGAUAAGCAACAAUGUAUUUCCUUAAGGUGGCUUUACCCAUUUAUCCUCUCUCAGUAUUUUGAACAGUUCAAUCUUACCUUAAAACAUUGCGGCAGCUUUGAGUAAAUUAACAGAAAGAAAAUUGUACAAAAAUUUGUCGUUUUUUAGUGUGGCAUUCCAGAACCGUUCCGUUUAUUUUUGUGUGUUGACAAAAUUCAAAAUUGUUCCUAAAUGUGUAUAAUAAACUUUGAACUGCCAGUUUGCAAGCUGAUUAGCAAUAUUUUAUCGAAUGGUUUUGAAACGCCCGCUAUCCGAAAAAAAACUGAUUGUUAAAUUUGUUAUUGGAUUAUAUAUUUUGUGAUCUCAAAAUAUGUAAGAAUGCUGUUGAAUGUAGGUUUAAGCUAGAUAGGAUUGCGUGUGUUAAACUUUAGCUAUUAUUAAUGUACACAAAUUAUUUCAUAAAUAUAUAUUUCUGAACUUUAUGUGUCAACAGAUAAAAUGCAUUAAUUUAUAAAUAAAGUCUUUUUUCUAAA